UUGAGAUGCAUACGCCUAAUUGAGUUGAGCCGCAGCACUCAUCCCCAUAUUCCCUCCGCCUGCCUGACCGCCGCAUCUCCUCCCGCUCAGCAGGGGAGGCGGCAGGUCCAGCUGUGUGUCUGUGUGUCAGCGUGGGAAGAUCAGCUGCUAUCUAUGCUCUCCUCCUAAUAUCAGAGUUUAACUCAGCUGCUUGAAAUACCGGCUGCAGCAAUGGAAGCCUUCGGACUGAUCAUUUUACUGUACGCGGGACUUUACGUUCAACUUAACGCAGGUCUGCGUGACGGACACAUAAAGGUGGAAAAUCACAUCUCUGGAAAUGCUUUGUUUACAGAUGUUCCUCAUGACGUUACAGCACAGAUUGGUGAAGACGUAGAGAUGGCCUGCUCCUUCCGUGGGGCAGGCUCUUCCUCAUUCUCCCUGGAGAUUCAGUGGUGGUACAUCAGGAGCCACAAAGACUCACAAGAUUUGCCUUCACAAAUCACUAACAUGGUGGAGACUCUGGAGGAAAUGCCAAUAUAUGCCACCAAAAUUAGUGUGGUAAAAGUGGCUGGCAGCAACAUUUCCCACAAACUCCGCCUCUCGAGCGUGAAACCAGCCGACGAGGGCAUCUACGAGUGUCAUGUCAUUGACCACAGCGGCCCUGUGGAGCAGCGCUACCAGGUCCAGGCCUACCUCCGAGUGGAGCCUAAGAGGCCUCAGCAGUUUGAUUCUCAGCUGCAGGAACUAGAACAUCACUCAAGGGGUAGUCACUUACAGCAGAUCGACAGCCAGGAACUGAGGAAGAGAUCAGUUCACAGCACCACUGACUGCAGGGGGCGCUGUUUGCUUUAGAGUGGGCAUUCUGUGUGUCUGCAUGUUCAUGGGUUUCCUCUGUUAGGAGGAACUGUCACUAGUGUUUUAUCACCACACUGGUGACCCAGUAUUUCUGGAAGUGUAUUCUGUCUUUAAUGAUUUGAUUUUUGUUGCUUGGAAGCCAGUGUUGGUGUAUGUUAUUUAGACCGCUCUGUGUACCAGUACAUUUUUGUUCUUUUUCUGGCUUUUUUGUGCUUUCUGACAUUGCUUUCAAGUUAUGUAAACAGCAACUCUACCCUCAAAUAUUCUAUGGGAGUAAAUAUAGUGAGCUUUUUUUGUUUAAUUAUUGAUGAAUAAACACAGCAAUAUCGAUACAGUUAAAGGAUAUAUAGUUGGGGCCAGAUAUUUAUUAACCUUGUCUAAAGAACCACAUAAUCACUUAUUUCUGAUAGUCUGACAUUAUAUCAGACUAAACCUGUCUUAGGUCAGUUAGAAUUACCAAAAUUAUUUACUAAAUGUCAGAAAACAGACAAUAGAAGAGAUUUAUUAUACUUUAUUCAAAUUUACGAGUUGCAUAUUCUUCCUUAGUAUUUGGUAGAAUUGGGUUUUAAACUUUAUGACUUGGGUUAUAUGUUUUAAGUUUCCUUCUACCUACUUCUUACAGUAUUUUGCAGGAAUGUUGUCUCAUUCCUCCAGAAAGAUCUGAAGUAACUGAGUCAGGUUUGUAGGCCACCUUGCUCACACAGCUUUUCAACUUUCCCCUCAAAUGUUUUACAAGACUUGGAUCAAGGCUUGGUGAUGACCGCUCCAAAACAUUGACUUUGUUUCCCUAAGCCACUUUGUAACUAUUCUGGCAUUAUGAAUUGGGCCAUAGUCCAUUUGGAAUACAAAUGUGCCUAAGCUUAAACCCUGGCUGAUUUGGAGAUUCAAUGUUUUCUCAAAAUCUUCUUACGCCGUGAUGCAAUCUAUAUUUUGUGAAGUGCACAUUCUCUCCUUCAAUAAAACACCCACACAACGUGAUUCUAUUUUAUAGUCCUCAGGCUUCUAAACUCCCUCUUUUUCCCCCAAAUGGUCUAUACCUGCUUGGGGAAGUGGUGUGUCUGGUGUCUAUCUUAAACAGUCAUUGGGCAAAAGGUGGGAUGUUAUUAUGACCAUAAACGUCAACUUUAGUUCCAACAGCCCACAGAACAAGUCUCCAAAAAUAAAGGCACUUUUAAACCCUUUGUUCAUUGGCAAACUCCAAUAUUACUUUUUAUGUUUCUUCUGAAGCUAUGGCUAUUUCGUUGCUGAGUGGUGUUUGAGCCCAUGUCGGUACAAGACUUCGUUCACUGUGGAUAUUGACUCUCUUUUACCAACCUGAGCCAGCAUCUUUACAAGAUACUCUGUUUUUUACUCUCCAAAACACAUUUAUCUCUGGGACACAUAAUCUGUCUCCUUCCUGGACAGGCUGGACAUUCCCAUGGCACUUAUGUUUGCAUCUAAUUGUUUCAGCAGAUGAAAGUAGCACCUUCAGGCAUCUGGAAAUAGUAAUCAAGUAUGGAUCAGAUAUAUGGAGAUCCAGAGUUCUCUUCCUGAUGUCUUGGUUGAUUACUCUUGAUUUCCCCAGGAUGUCACACAGUGUUUUUGAGGUGUUGCCUUAAAAUUCAGAUGUGUACCUACAAAUAACUCAAAGGCUGUUAUAUUAAUCAAUCAAAAGCUUCUAAAAGAUAUGACAUUAUAAUCAGGGCUUUCCCAAAAUGUUUUAGGGUAUAAUACAUGUGGUGUAUGUAAACAUCUGACUAUACAUGAAGUGAUAAACAAUCUAAGUCUAGUAUUAAGUAAACAGAAAUAAGUUUGUUAAUCCUAACUGACUAAACUAACUAAGGUUGAGUCUCAUUAACGUCAGUGAGAAGAAAUGGUGGUGCCUUUUUAUACAAUGUAAAUUUCAACUGAAUAUUUUCUGUUUUUUCUUAUGUUUUCUCUGACUGAAACAUGAAAAGAUUUGCAGUGUGACUCUAGAAAUGCUUUUAAAGAAAGAAUAUAUCUUAGGUUUUUAUAUUUAUUUUAUUCUUCUGGUAAAUAAAUUGAAAUCCAGUCAAUUAAGAGUAAAUAGAUGACCGUUUGAUUUUUAAACCACAUUCAAAGUAUUUGUGUCCUCUAAUCACAUCAGGACUUGAGAUUUUUUUGUAUAUGUUCAUCAUAAACAGAAGAGCAUACCAUAAGCACUAUAUUGUGUUAGUCAUGUCAUAUCUGCCGUCAUUCACAGUAUCACUUUUUGUCUCCACUUUAAUGGGGCAUGUAAUUUUAGGCUCAAAUUGGACUGUGUUUGUUAUUUGUGCUGCUGCUAUUUGUUCUAUUAAAUACACAGUUUGAAAUGUU